UUUGUCACUUCCUCGUGGCAUUUACCCAGCCACUCAACAUGGAUAGCGAUUUUCGUUUUUUUUUUUUGAAACUGAUUAUGUAGCAUUUCAAUCUGUUGUUGAUGGACAUGAUGCAAACUUUAGGGUACUGCCUUUUGAAUGCUUGCAAAGUACUCUGAAGAAAUUAUGGAAGUUUUCCAAAAAAAUGCUCAACUGAAUACAGAAGCCAAAAUUCCAUUGAUUGGGUUAGGGACUGUUGCUGUUGAUCAGAAUGAGGAGGUCAUUGAGGCAGCCGUGACUACAGCUCUCGAGGUAGGUUAUCGACACUUUGACACAGCAAGCCUUUACAACUCAGAGCGUCCACUUGGGAAAGCUCUGCACGCUGCUUUUCAAAAUGGACUUGUUAACAGGGAAGAUGUAAUUGUCACCACCAAACUAUGGGAUACCCAACAUAACGACCCUGUCACUGCAAUCAAGAGUAGUUUGAAGUAUGAUUUCCUCGUUACAAUUUCAGCCUUAAAUAUUAUCUCCAUAUUGCAGAACUUCUAUGGCCUUAGAUUGGUGAUAAUUUUAGUCUAUGGCCUUAGAAUGAGAAGGGUUACUUUUUGUCAAGUCUAG